GUCCCCACGUGGCAGCACGGGCGCUGGGAACGAGCCCCAGGGCAGCACCGGGAGGCGGCGCCGGCAGGGCCGGACGGAUGGCCAACUGGACAGAUGGGGGCUGCCCGGGGGCGACCGAAAGGCUGGGGAGGUGCGGAGGGUGAUGGGCACACUCAGCACCUGCCCCUUUAGCCCCGCUGCCCCCGAGGAGUCAAUGUCCCUGAAGGCCAGGAGAUCUCCUGCCACCUGGGGCUGCCCUGGCUCGUCCCUCUCGUCCCCCUUGGGGUGUUUUCUGCCUGCCCCCACCUCUGGCAGGGACCUACUGCCCACCCACCCUUGGGCAGGGGCUGCAUCCACGGCCACCCUGAGCGCACGGCCAGCUGAGACACUUGUCACCAGCUGCCACCAGGACCAAAGCACGGCCCCGUUCCCCGCUUGUGCUGGAGGGCCACCCUGCUGAGGGGAGGUCGUGGCCAGGCUUCGCCCCUUCUGCUAUGGCUGAGGCUGGGCUUGUGGAAGCCUCCCCUGCCUUCUCUUCCUCCUCCUCUUCCUCGGGCAGCCCCCACACCCUUGAACUUCCGUGUGCAGUGGUAGCAUGGCCUGACGGGACGGCAUGGCACGGCAUGGCACGGCAGGGCUGUCGGGAGCUGGGCUGGAGGCUCAGCCCAGCGCCCAUCCCUGUAGUCUUUGGGCUCCUCGGCCCAGCCCUUGGGUGCAGGGUGGGUCCGGGGACGCUCACCUCCACCUGCCCCCAGCCCGAGGAGGACGAGGAGCUGCCCGUGGGCUGCGGGGAGCCGGCCGGAGCAGAGCAGCCGGGCUGGGAGCGAGCCCCGGCAGCGGCCCCGGCCCUGGAGGAGCCAUGCAGGCUGGUGCUGAGCACGCCGAGCAGCAUCCUGCGGGAUGAGGAGAUCCAGGAGCUGGGUCCCCACCUGCCCCCCCGGGCGACACAGCAGCCCUGGCGCCUGCUGUACUGCACCGGCCGGGACGGAUUCAGCCUGCGGAGCCUGUACCGCCGCGGGGGCCCGCCGGGCUCCCCGGCCCUGCUGCUCAUCAGGGACACGGAGGCGCAGGCCUUCGGCGCCUUCUGUGCUACUGCCAUUCGCUGCAGCAAUGGCUUCUACGGGACAGGGGAGACCUUCCUCUUCUCCUUCUCCCCGGAGCUGAAGGUGUUCAGGUGGACGGGCAGGAACAACUUCUUCAUGAAAGGGGACGUGGACCUGCUGAUGGUCGGUGGGGGCAGCGGUAGAUUUGGGCUGUGGCUGGACGGAGACCUGCACCACGGGGGCAGCCACCCCUGCGAGACCUUCGACAACGAGACCCUCUCGCCACGGGAGGAGUUCUGUGUCCAGGACCUGGAAGUGUGGGGCCUGGCCUGACCCCGCGGUCCACACCUGGGACAAAGGUGACAGCAGGGGGACACCUGGACCGCCAUCAUGCACAGCUGGUCCCUGCCAGCACGCGCCGAGCCUGUCGGACGGGGCACAGCCUCGCUGCCGCCUCCCUCCACCCUGUCCCCACCAAUGUCCCCUCUUCAUGUGCCAACAGCCGGUGGGGGCAGUGUGAUGGGGACAGGCUGCAGCGGGAUCUCAGCCCCCCGCAGUGCUGGUGUCACCAUGGCGGGGUCCCCAGGGUGGUUGCGGGAUGGCCCCCCUGGCACCGAGCACCCUGCCUGGCCGGGACAACGCAGAGCCACCGGGGGAGGAGGGCGCGUGUUGGGGCCAAGCACCGCAGGGUUCCCCAGAUGGAGGAGCAACUUCGAGAGCAGCGUGAUGCCAGCAGAACCCAGCACGCCCCGGCAGCCUCUGCCCCACCGGCCACGGCCCCCAGGGGUGGCACUGCCCGGGGAUACGGUGACC